UGUCAAACAUAACUUUAUACUUUGCUUUGAGUUUGAAUUUAAUAAGUAAAAUGCAAAACGGUCCCAGUUUAGUCAGUGGAGCAGUGUUUUUUUGCUUCCUGAUCGUAUCCUCAACAUGUCUUGGAGAAGUUGGCAACGAUGUUAGUUAUCAAAGUGACAGUACUGAGAGCGACUUCGAAUCAAAAGGACAGAGCGUCAUCCAACCUGAUCAGACGUCUUGCACAACAUGUACCCUAAUGGCACUAGCAUUAAAGAAAUUUGUCAAUCAACAUUAUGAUAUGAAGACAGCUCUGGAUAGCGUGUGCUCUGUGCAGCCAAAUGAAGAUCUGAAAAAUAAAUGCUGGGAAAUGUUAGAAACGCACAAACUUCAGAUUAUUGAAUUAUUGUCGAAAAAUGUAGCUUAUCAAGAAAUUUGCAGAACUAUUAACAUGUGCUCAUUGCUGGAGGAUGGAUAUGAAAACAUCCAACUCGUGGACACAUUCCCCGAGUCGACUGAUGAUGAAUAUUCCAUCGAAAAAAUUCCAUUUUUGGUAGAACAGCAUAAUUGGCUGAAAGGAGCAGAAUGCUACGUUUGUAAAAAAGUUAUUAAAAAGAUUAAAAAAUUUGUGGAACACCAUAACGACAAGGGUAGUAUUGAGAGGGCAAUGGUUAAUAUCUGCCAGAAGAUACGUAUAUUUCCGCGUAAGUGCGGAAAAAUGGUGGAUAAACACUACAAUAAGAUUAUCGACCUAAUAUUAGAGCGUGUUAAUAACAAAAAAAUCUGCAAAAGAAUUGGAAUGUGUAAAUGUUUUAUUCGAAAUGAAGAUGUUGAACUGUUUCAAAAGGACACGGAAACAAGUAAAGCACUGCAGGGACUACAAUUAGAAAAUCCUAAGCAAGGUCCUUUUCGUGUAAUUUGUGAAUUCGUUCUGGAAAAGUUUGAGAUGUUACUAGACACUAAAGAGAAACGAAACGACAUCUUGCGCAGAAUGCUCUUUACCUGUGAUAAACUUCCAACCUUUAUGCAUGAACCGUGCCAAGAUGUCAUACAUAGUUAUGGUUAUGCUCUCUUGGAUUUGCUAAGCAAAGUAACGCCCCAUGAUUUCUGUCACAUUCUCGCAAAUCGUUUAGAUCUGACCAACUGAGUAGACAGAAAAGCAUACAGAGAUCUGAUAAAUCACUUAAUCAAUUAAUCUUAUUAAACUUCCUAAAUUUAUUUCUUGUGUAUUGGAAGUGGAUGCCGCCAAACGAUAAUAUCAGCGGUACGGAUUAUAAAUUUAUAAAAUAAAAAUAAAGCACAAA